GCAAUGGCUUGGGAGAUUAAGAAGGGCCCAAAUCAGUGGAUCUUUGUGUUUGUCAGUGGAGGCUACGUCAUGCUGGGUAACCGUGACAAAGGCACUACCAGCACAGCAGAUCAUUGCUCAAUAGAGGACUUCAUCAUAAAGGGAACAUUGCAACAACCAAUCAUUCAGGAGUUUGGACAGGUUACUUUCAAGGAGAUUUAUGACAAGGUGCUGAAGAUACAUGCCCUCAGGAAUCAGAAGACCUCAUCGCCUCAGGCAUCCUAG